UCUCAGCCUUUUCUUGGCUUCAUGGCUUCUCUUUUUCUCUCCAGUUUUGUGCACCCAUAGACUCCCAUCAGUUUUAAGAGCUUAAGAGAUUGUUCCCUGAUCUAAAACUACGCUUUAUUCAUUGGAAAAAAAGCACCUCCAACCUUAAAAUUCAUAACUUGGUGGUCUUUGAAGAAGCAAAUCUUUGUAGGCCUACCAACCGUUCGAUGAUUUGCCACUGAAAGCUUCUUCAAUCUUGCCAGUUUUGGUCCUUUUCUGCCAACAACACCAUAUCCUAAAUGGCGUUACAUUUUCUUAGAAAAACCAUUGCAUACCCAUCGAUUAGGAAUUCCGGGUUCCUUACGAGGCUGCGUAGUUUCAGCUCAGUGUUCCCUCCAAUUAUCAAUAAGGAAGAUACCAAGCCGACCAACUACUCUAGUAAGAUUCAUCUUUCUCCUUUGUUCAAUGAUUUCUCUUUUAAAUUGGGUUCUAAUGAUAUUGAGCUCGUGGAUGAUGAAACCUGGAGAGUCUCGUCGGGUUUAGCUCAUGCUUACAAAGGGUUUGAUGGGGAAAUGGAAACACUACCCUAUAUGGAAGCAGUUAAUCACAGGGUAGAUAAUGGUUCUCCUAUAAGUGAAGAUGAUCAAGACUUCGAUGACAUAGAUAAUAUGAGAAUCCGGGGUAAGCUUUUUUAUAAAAUCGAUCGUGGUUCCAAAGAGUUUGAGGAGUAUGCUUAUGACUUCCAUAGGAAGAAAGGUCCCAAGAACAAGGAUGAUCGCAGAGAAAGUAAAAAUAAGGAGUCUUUGCAUAAGAAAGAUGAUCCAAAAGAAAGCAAAAGGCUCGAGAAGUCAAAUGUUAGACUACUUAAAGAUGUUAAAAAUGGAAGUGUUAGAAAUAUUCCUGACAAAGUGGAGGUUUGUUCGGCUGAGAAGAAGUUGAGAACUCCCACUUUUAAUCAACUAACUGGUCCUUAUCAUGAACCAUUUUGCCUUGACAUUUACAUAUCGAAAGCAUCGGUUCGCGCCUGCAUCAUUCAUCGGGCCACUAGCAAGGUUGUUGCCGUAGCUCAUUCCAUUUCUAAGGACAUGAAAAUUGAUUUAGGUUCCACUAGAAAUGCUUCUGCUUGCGCUGCUGUGGGUUUGAUUUUGGCUCAGAGAGCAUUGGAUGAUGAUAUACAUGAUGUUAUUUACACACCAAGGAAAGGGGACAAGUUAGAGGGGAAGCUUCAGAUAGUUCUUGAAUCUAUUAUCGAUAAUGGAGUAAAUGUGAAGGUUAAACUUAAACAAAGAAGACCCAAGAAAGCAGUGCAGGUGUCUACCACUUAAGUGCAUUUAUCUGGCUGUCCUGAUAAUAUAUUGGCUAUGUUUUCGGUUUGCAUUCUAAAGUUCUCGAGUUUGCUAAAUGAAAUCACUGUCCUAAUGAUGCAAUAUUAAUUCAUAGCAAGUAGAUGCUUGUUCUUUCUGUUUCAUGGUAGAAAGGAUCAGUAGUUCUACAGAUUUUCUGCCCUAGUAAAUGUACAUAUGCUCACUUUGUAAAUGUUUGAUUAUUUGCGGGUUAAUUGAUGAAGCAGCUUCUUCUUUUUUUUGUUUCUUAAA